AUGUCAACGCCACAAUUACGAAUCUCUAAUGCUGGUUCCACUUAUGUGGCCCAGCUGCUGCUGCUGUCUCUACUGCUCCUCCAGCUAACAAUUCGCAGAGUUGACUCUCAUGGCUUUGGCCUCAACUUGAUGCAGGUGCCCAGCGAAGACAAGUCGCAGGUGGCAUGCGUCUCGGCGCUGUUGCGAAAGUAUUUCCACUCAGGCGAUGCACUCUCCGGCGCCGUGCUCUGCGUGGGCGUCACUCCGAGCACUCCCGAUAUAUUGGACCCGCUGAUGCUGGCGCUCAAUCAUCACCAGAGCUACACGUGGACGAUUCAAGUGACUCAUCCCCAGGAGACGCCAGAGUCAAUGUCCGAUUUACAGCUACUACAUGAGAAGCCGCAAUGCUAUUUCAUCAUUGUGGAGAACCUGGAUGAUGAAGAUCUGGAGGAGACAAUCGGCCACUGGCGUCGCAGGCUCAACUGGAAUCCGUUGGCACAGUUUGUAGUCUAUUUGGCGUCGAUAGAGGAGACGGAUGAGGAGUUGACCGACCUGAUGGUGGAGAUACUGCUCACCUUUAUUAGCAACAAGCUCUACAAUGUGAAUGUGCUGGGCCAGAGCGAGGAGAACAGCUUCUACUACUCCAAGACGGUGUUUCCGUAUCACCCGAAUAAUAAUUGUGGAAAUCGUGUGAUAGUCGUCGACCUCUUGGAUGCGUGCGGCUAUGAGGACACUGACAGUGAUAGCGAGGAUUACGAAGAUGAUGAAGAAGAAACGGGCUAUGAUGCGGAUAAUGCAGAUGAGGGCAAAGCAGUUACUGGAAGUUUGCCAGAAGCCGAAGAUGAUGAAUUUGUGGCCGAAACUAAUGCCGACUAUGGAACAGAUGAUGAAGUGACUAGGGAGGCAUUCGCCUUGGAAAACAGCGCUGAAAUCAAUAGCCUCAGUGAGUCAUCCAAUGCAACAGCUCGCGCUCAGCCAGAGGCCUCCAUUGAGGAAUACACUCGCGCUCUAUUCGAAGAUAAGUUCCCAAGUGACCUGAGCGGCUGUCCCAUUAGAGCCGCUUAUCGUGGUCCCUGGGAGCCAUACAUAUUUGUCAGUGCCGAAACAACUGCACCAGAGGUGGACUAUUAUGGCGCCGAGACGGCAGCCAACGAAAGCGAGCAGGCCUACGAAGAGAGCAUUGAUGACUAUAACCUGGAAAGCGACAGUCCAGAGAGCCAUGCAGCCGAGGAGACGGGCGACUUCAGCAAUCUGAAUGGCAUCGAGUUUCAGCUGGUGCAGACCAUAGCUCAGCGUCUGCACAUGAUCAUCGACUUCAAGAAGAAGAGCAGCAAUGUGUUUCAUCUGUUCAAUCUGCUGAUCGAGGGUCGCGUUGAAAUGAUUAUUGGCGGCAUCGGGGAGGAUCCCAGCACUAGCCAUUUUGUCUCCAGCUCCACGUCGUACCAUCAGGACGAUCUCACCUGGUGCGUGGCCAGGGCGAAGCGCAAGCACAGUCUCUUCAACUUCUUGGCCAGCUUCGAUGCGAGUGCCUGGUUCUUAAUAUUGUUCUUCAUUAUUUUUAGCUCGCUCGUUGCGCUGCUGACGGAGCACCUGUCCGUCUUUCAGCACAGUGAGCAGAACAACUAUGUAUCCAUCUGCCUGCGCAUGCUGGGCAUCCUGCUAACUCAGUCAAUUAAUGUGAACUCUCGACCUUUGUCUGUGGCACUGCGAUUGGUCUUUCUGAUGGGCUUCCUUUUGGCCUUCUUCUUUAGCAACACCUAUCAGAGUUUUCUGAUCAGCACACUGACCACGCCCACUACAGAGUCCCAGAUAAGCGAAAUGGGGGAGAUCUACAACCAACGCAUGACCAUUAUGGUCAGCUCUGAGAAUAUGCGACAUCUGAACAAGGAGGGCGAGAUCUUCCGCUACAUUCGCGAAAAGUUUGAGAUCUGCUAUAACCUUGUGGAAUGCCUCAACCAUGCUACGGAGAAUGAGCACCUGGCCGUGGUCGUCUCACGACAGCACGCCCUCUACAAUCCCCACAUAGAGCGGAAUAAACUCUACUGUUUCGACCGACGUGAAUCCCUCUAUGUCUAUCCGGUGACCAUGCUGCUGCCGAAGAAAUUCCAUUUGCUGCCCCACAUCAAUGCGGUGAUUCAGCAUGUCAUUGAGUCGGGCCACAUGCAGAAGUGGGCACGCGAUCUGGACAUGGUGCGCAUGAUACAGGAGAAGAUCGCCAGGGUCCAGGAGGAUGCCUUUAAACCCCUGACCCUGGAUGCAUUCCAGGGCGCCUUUGCCUUUGCCGGCAUUCUCCUGCUGCUGGCCAGCUUUAUGGUUGCCUUCGAGUGGCUCAUCUACUGGCUGGUGGUGCGGUGGCGCACGCGUCUCCGACCCAUACGCUUUUUGCACCGUCGCUUGGGCAAGCGGCAGCGCAAAAGUUAA